GGCGUUAGGGUGGGAAAAUUUGGGACCUGGAUAGACUAGCCCCACCCCGGCCGGUCACGACUUCUUACCGUCUAACGCAUGACAACAGCUUCUCGAAUCUGCACUUACAAAUCGCCUUAAGCCUACCACCGCUUGCCGCAAGGCAGUAAAGGACUACGUUCCGCACAAAAUAAUGCCUGACAAGACACUCACAGUAGCCGCCUACGCAGCUGGUGCCUCUCUCGCCGCCAUUACGCUAAUCUACGUUUUUGGUCCCACCUAUUUUCUCGAUCAUGAUCCAUCGGCUAACUCAACCAGCGUGUUCUCGAUCAAGAGGAAUGGUGCCGUGGGCCUAAUCAAUCCGGCAAACGAUUGCUUCAUCAACUCAGUUCUGCAGGCUCUCGCUGGCCUUGGGGACCUCCGCUUAUACCUCAUCCGGGAGACUCAUCGUCGAUGCCUGGACGGUGGCUGGGUGUAUGCGCAGACCGUCCCGAGCGAUGUUUGGGGCAGUGGUGGCGAAGGCGAAGGCGACGAGACAAGCAAAUGGCGAGUCCGUGGUGGUGUUCCCGAGUGGAAAGCCGAAGGACUUCAGAUGGGUAUCGUCACCAAGGGCUUAAAGGAUAUCCUUGACGCCCUGAACGAGAGACCGAUCUACAAAAAGACGAUCUCGGCCUCGCCGUUUGUUAGGACACUGGAGAUUGCCUUUGGUCAGCGGAUCAGUAGACAGCAACAGGACGCCCAGGAGUUCCUUCAGGUCGUGGCUGAGAGGCUCUGCGACGAGUAUCAUGCUGGCCAGAGAGCGCGAAGCUACGCUAUGCGUGGAGCCGAGCAACCAACUACUAAGAUGUCUCUCGAUAGCAAGACAUCAGACAGUGAAGCUCUGGAUCGGCCUCUACCUCUAAGGGCCAGUGAGCAGGUCAGUGGCGCUGACCACCCGGCGGCAACGGCCGCGAGCGCGGUUCCGAACGGCGCCGAUGAAGAAAGAGCAGAAGAAGGGUUUCCGUUUGAAGGAAGCUUUGAAUCUCAGAUUGAAUGCCUUACUUGUGGUUUCAGACCCAGGCCCACUCAGUCAACCUUCUGCACCCUAACACUAAACGUGCCACAUAUCCCAACAACAACUCUGAGCGCAUGCUUCGACGGCAUGUUCAAAACCGAGUACAUCGAGGAUUUCAAAUGUGAAAAGUGCCGGUUGUUACAUGCCAAGGCCGUGCUCGAAGCAGAUAUUCAGCGGUCAACGUCGGAGUCCUCGAGGGAGAAAGCUCGCACGGCUCUAGCCAGUCUCGAGCUAGCUAUCGAAACGGAUCCUGAGAAGGCACCAGAGGGUGUCGAGUUGCCGGAUCCUCGCUAUGCUCCCAAGCGGAAGAUAGCUCGGCACAUCCGUAUGACAGGAUUUCCCAGGAUCUUGGCCAUCCAUCUGUCGCGGUCGAUAUACGACAUGAGCAAUUUCUCUCAGAAAAAUCUUGCGAAGGUUACAUUUCCGGAACUAUUGCCCCUGGGUGGCCUUCUGCAGCAGAGAAAAUACAAGCUUCUUGGCGUUGUGACGCACAAGGGUAAUCACCAUAGCGGGCACUAUGAAUCCUUUAGACGACAAAACAUAUACCCACCCUUCUCUAAUCCCGGUACCUUUCAACCUUCCGGGGCGUACAUAUACACCAGUUCGCCUUCAAACAUUAAUCCUGGACAAGCCAUUCAACCAGGAUCCGGACAGGCUCCAACACCAGGAGUAGACGGCGGUAUCACGCCUGCGAACGAGCCUAGAUCGACAUCUACGUCUCGGGAAAGAGAUACCGACACGAACAGCCUUCGAUCUGCGGCCGCCUGUGCGCGCUCAACCUUGAUCAAGAUUGCCUCAAAACCAUCCUCUCGCGCUGGCAGCCCGGACAUAACCGGGUCGAAACCUCACAGCAAGACACCAAACACAACUGUGAAAUCCAAACGGCACAAAUCAAGCAGCCGAUGGUGGCGUAUCAGUGACGACAAAGUCAAAGAAGCAAGUACUCGCGACGUACUAGGCAUGCAACGAGAGGUUUACUUGCUGUUCUAUGAACUUGAACGAGAGAAUUCAUAAACUUCCACUGCCUCGAUGAAAAUGAACGCUGGAUCUCUGUGUGGCUCCUGUGUGUCGUUUAUUCUGUUUGUACAUCUGAUUCUCCUUUCAUUUAAAUUCAGCGCACAAACCUAAGGACACGGGAUACCAGCUGCGCCAAUGAGCGGUAAGCAGAUAACAGAGCGACUGUUUAUUAGCAUCACGACCUCUAUCAAGUGAGGAAACAUCAAGUGUAUGAAUAAAGCGCGGGGUUGGAGCAUGAGUUGCGAACUUGUACCCAUCGAGACGUACGCACGCGUUUCGUAACAUACUCGGUGUGAACCACAUAGAUUAUCAUCCAUUGCGAGUACCGACCUUUCAUGUAUGACCUCAUGCUCACUUGUUCAUAUCUCCGUUGUCUUCGAGGCUGGGAUAGUCUGUUUGCGGCUGCAAGUGAUCAAAAAUAAGGAGAAAGUAAGAAAAAAAAAAAAAAAAAAAAAAAAAA